CUAUCGAUGACAUACUUGCCAGCUGUGCAGUUUGUACGUAAAUACUAAAAAUUCACGCCUAGUUUUCUGAAAAAUGCUUCCCAAAUUGAGAAUAUCUGCUUUUCUUCUCAAGCGACUGGAGCGCGUUAAGCUGCAAUGCAGUGGUUGUUUAUACGGCGUAUUUUAUGGAGAGAGCACUUUGCUGCUAUUGAGCUUUAACGUUGAGUCAAGUGUGGGUCAACUGAACUAUGAACAAAUACAGCACAAAUUCCCAGCCGAACUGGAUUUAUGUGGUUUAGUCAAAUUUGGGGACUGCACUGAUACAGAAGCUCACCUUAACGAGAUCAUCUCAUCGGUGGACAUAACGGACAACCCGAUCCUGCUUCAAUGUCAACUGGGCACACUUGUGGGAUUGCGUGCAUCCUUUUUUAUACAUGGCAAACUGGAGAAUGUGCCGUUUGAAGUCGUGGAAGCCGCGCAGCUGUACAACGACUUCUGUUUCACACGAUUAAAGUGUGGUUUCUUCUUGCACACACUGCCCACGCCGGAGGCUAUAGCCAAGGAGAUGCAYGCGCUCCGGAAGCGUGUGGCCGAUGGCAAUCUGGUCUUCAACGUGGCACAAACUAAAAUCUAUGUGAGCAGCAACAGUGGCAUACAGCAUCAGAGCUUCAACUGCGAUUCACUCAUUGAAUCGUUAAUCGCUGAGAUUCCCACUCCGACAGAAGCUGCUAGCGGCGACAAGAAAAAGAAAGCUGCCGCACCCGAUUUGGCCAAGUAUUAUGGCGCUGUUGGCUGUGCUUACGAUGUGAUCAAUAUUGAUGUAUUACGCUCACGCACACGCGAUUUUGGAGCUGGGGAUUCCCUGCCAUAUCCAGCAUUGAGUGUGUGCAUCACGAAUGAGGAUUCCGUUAAGCAAGAGGUGCCCUUGGAACUGGAAGCAAUGGCCAUACUCUGCAAGAAGACAAAGCUGCUGCGUUUGUACGAUGUGCUUAUAGAGAGCAUAUGCCGGUCGUUGCGCCUCUUUGAGCAAUGCCUUAUUGAACGACUUACUGAGCAGGAGACAACGUCGGAGGUUAAGCUGCUGACGCCACGCACUUAUCAUUUUUAUCCACAGGAAUUUGGGCAUUUUUUGAGCUGUGCCUAUCUGGAGCAACUGGGCGAUGAUGAGCCUAGUGUGCAGGAGAAGCGCAAACGACUCCAUCGGCAAUUCGCAUUGCCUGCCACGCGACCCUACUUCAGACGGGCUAACCAGUGUCGCUUCCAAGAUGAAAUAGAUGCUGUUGAUUCGGCGACCUGGACACCGUUGCUUAAUACGCACCUGGGAGUACGGCCCAGUGGCGUGACCGAUGGCAAAGAAUACCUGGUAAAUGGGAACUAUCAUUACUAUCACUAUUUGCAACAGCAGGUGCAGGACAAGGGYUGGGGCUGUGCCUACCGUUCGCUGCAAACGAUUUGCUCCUGGUUCCUGCUGCAGGGCUACACUGAACGUCCGAUACCCACUCACCUGGAGAUCCAGGAAUAUUUGCACAAAAUUAACGACAAGCCGGCCUCUUUUGUUGGCUCGUCMCAGUGGAUUGGUUCCACAGAGCUGAGCAUGUGUUUGCAGGGAUUCCUCAAUGUGGACUCGAAGAUAUUGCAUGUGGCAUCUGGUGCCGAGCUCUCGACAAUUGCCUCAGAGCUGGCCAUGCAUUUCCAAACGCAGGGCACACCUGUUAUGAUCGGGGGCGGAGUGCUCGCACACACAAUAAUCGGCGUGGAUUACUGUGUGCAGACGGGCCAGGCAAAGUUCUUGAUACUCGAUCCCCAUUAUACUGGGCCCGAUGAUCUGGCCACCAUACAGAUUAAGGGCUGGUGUGGGUGGAAGGGCUUGGACUUUUGGGAUAAGAAGAGCUACUAUAAUCUCUGUAUGCCGCAGCGUCCGAUUUUAUAUUAAACGUUCCAAUUUUGCAUUUAAAAAA